GGUUGGCUCAGCAGGUUUAAGAGAAGGCAUGGAAUUUCAAGCCACCGUAUUCAUGGAGAGAGUGGAAGCGUGGAUACAGCCGCCGUUGCCAGUGCUCGGAAACAGCUUGCGGAAUUUCUUGCUCAGUAUUCUCCAGAUGAUAUUUACAACUUCGACGAGACUGGCUUUUUUUACAAGUUGGGCCCAUCUUCGACUCUGGCAUCCGAACCUGUGGCUGGAAACAAGCGAAGCAAAGAGAGAAUCACGGUGGGAUUUUUGUGCAACGCAAGCGGCGCCCACAAGUGGAAGCCCAUUGUCGUGGCAAAAGCGGAGCGACCACGAUGUUUUGGAAAGACAUUUGACCCGAACAUGUAUUGCUCUUACAAUUGCAACAAGAAAGCAUGGAUGACAGGAAAGAUAUUUGAAAUCUUCUUGGCGAAAUUCGACCGCUUCUUGAAGGCUGAGAAGAGGAGGGCUGUUUUGUUGGUUGAUAACGCAUCAUGCCAUUCUGUUCGUGCGGACUAUGAAAACCUUACCUUUAAGUUCUUUCCACCGAACAUGACUGCCAAAAUACAGCCCUUGGACGCAGGAAUUAUUCGCGCGGUUAAGGCACACUACAGAGGUGAACUUGUGCAGCACUACAUCGCUUGCGCGGAAGACAACAAACCGCAAACUGUUGACUUGAGGUGGUGCCUUCAAAAGCUGAAGAGGGCGUGGGACGCGGUGAGGCCUCAAACCAUUGUGAACUGCUGGCGUCACGCAGGUAUUCUUGUUAACAGCUCUGCUAUGGAGGUGGAGGAUCCGAUGGAUGAACUUACGCUCGCGGCCCUUCGUGAAGCUCUUCGACAACUCGGGGAGAAAAACCCAGAUGAAGAGGCAUCGGCAUUCUUGGAUAUAGACGAAGAGACUAACAGCUGGGAGCCUAUGAGCGACGAGCAGAUCAUGGAGCUUGUCGGUGAAUCUUGUCCUGCAAUGACCCAAUUGUCCAUCUAG